UCAAAAUAUUACUUUUAGAAAAGUUUGAAUCCCUGAUGAAGUAUUCAAAGAGAAUCAACCAGCCCAUUACACGAAAAGAUGAUCUGGUCGGCAUUAAUAAACAUUCAAAUACCAUUUUUACACUCCUCACCGAGAAAAGAAAAAGGAUAAUGGCGUUGACUAUCAGACUUGUUUUGCUUUGGGUAAAUGUAAAAUGACCAAUCAGUUGUUGGCUCGGGUAAUUAGAGCUUUCCAUCCAAUUAUAGCAGAGUGCCUUCUUGUCCUUUGAAUCCUUCCUUCUUCUUCUUCUUCUUCUUUAAGAACCCUUCAACGCGUUAUUCUACCUAUAAAUCCCCAGCUCCACCACACCGCCAUUUGUUAGACGUUAAAUCUUUUCUGGGUUUUAUUCAUUUUAAUCAGAAUCAUGGACAGCCAACCCGAUUUUGGAGGAUCCACAAAGCGAGUGGUGGUGGUAGGAGGCGGUAUUGCUGGCUCUCUCAUCGCGAAAUCUCUACAGUUCGUCGCUAGUGUCACCCUCAUUGAUCCGAAGGAGUAUUUUGAGAUCACAUGGGCAAAAUUGAGGUCAAUGGUGGAACCAUCAUUUGCAGAGAGAUCAGUUAUCAACCAUAAGGAUUACCUUACAAACGGCCAAAUUAUUACAGCUAAUGCAAUCAAUAUCUCUGAAACUGAAGUAUUGACUUCAGUAGGCCGCCUGGUUGCUUAUGAUUAUCUUGUUAUUGCUACCGGCCAUAAGGAUCCCGUUCCUGUAACUAAGAGGGAGAGAAUUAAUCAAUACCAAGCAGAAUAUGAAAAGAUCAGUUCCUCUGGUUCUGUUUUGAUUGUUGGAGGAGGUCCUACUGGUGUUGAACUAGCUGGAGAAAUUGCUGUUGAUUUCCCAGAUAAGAAGGUUACUCUGGUGCAUAAAGGAGCCAGGUUAUUGGAAUUUAUUGGGCCAAAAGCUGCUGAUAAAAGUCUAGAUUGGUUAACUUCAAAGAGAGUUGAAGUAAUAUUGGGGCAAUCCGUCGAUUUAAAUUCUGUUUCUGAUGGAGGCAAAGUGUAUAAAACGUCUGAAGGAGAAACAAUUGAAGCAGACUGCCAUUUUCUAUGCACAGCAAAACCUCUGAGUUCAUCAUGGCUUAAUGAUAGCAUAUUGAAGGAUAGCUUGGAUAGUCAUGGAAGGGUGAUGGUCGAUGAGCACUUGAGAGUAAAGGGUCGUGGAAACAUAUUUGCAAUAGGCGAUAUUACUAAUAUUCAGGAAAUCAAACAAGGGUAUAUAGCACAAAAGCACGCUUUAGUGGUUGCGAAGAACUUGAAGUUAUUGAUGGGCGGUGGAAAAGAAAGCAAGAUGGCGACAUACAAGCCUAGUUCUGGUUCCGUGCUUGCAAUUGUUUCGCUUGGAAGGAAAGAAGCAGUUGCACAAUUCCCCUUCACAACUAUGAUUGGGUGCAUUCCUGGCCUGAUCAAAUCUAGAGACUUGUUUGUAGCAAGAACAAGGAAGGAUAGGGGUCUAGACUCUCGUCGUACAGAUAAUUAAGUUUGAGGGUGAGAGAAGGGAAUUCAAUUUAUUGAUACUACUACAUUUGUGCACUACUCUUGUUUUGAUCUGUUGUAUAUCUGCAGGAUCAUAAUAUCAUAUAUAUAUAUAACAUAUAAAUUAUUAAGAUGAGAGUGUGAGAUGAGAAUUCGUUUUGUUAUACUACAUUUGUGGAUUACUCUUGUUUUGAUCUGCUGUAUAUUUACAGGAUCAUAUAGAUCAUAUGUAAAUAUACAUAUAAAUGAUUGUGCAGUAUAUAUAAAUCUUGAACAGAUUGUAAUGUAUCUCAAUAUUUUGUGCAA